CCGCACUUAAUCUUUGUCGACGGAGGGUUCUGCCGACCAAUUGAUUCAUUUAUUUAGGAUUUUGUGAGAAAUUCAAUUGUUUUGCAUUAAUUUUCUGUUAAAUAGAAGUUUUAAGUUUUUGUUUUAAUUAAAAACUAAAUAUACACAAACAAUGGCGGAUUCUGAACAUGAAAAGAUUGAAGCAACCAAUGAAGUGACACCUACCACUGAGGAAAAUAAUAGUGCAGAAGAAACCCCACAAGCCCCAUCAGAUGUUGUGGCUAAUUGUGAGAAAGCCUCUUACAAGCCGAAUGUAAUACCCGGUGAAAAGUUAGCCUCCAUUGAGGAUGUAGUAAAUAGUGAUCCUGAGUGCUAUGAAUUGGAUUUAAACCAUCAUCGUAUUGAUAAAUUGGAAAAUCUAGAGCCUUUAACCCAGUUGGAGCGCCUUUUACUGCGCUGGAAUUUAAUUAAGAAAAUUGAGAAUCUAGAAACUUUGACCAAGCUGGUGGAAAUUGAGUUCUAUGACAAUCAAAUUACAAAAUUGGAAAAUUUGGAUGCUUUAGUUAAUUUGGAAAUACUCGAUGUCAGCUUCAAUCGUUUGACUAGAAUUGAAAAUUUGGAAAAUUUAAAGAAAUUGGAAAAAUUAUUUUUGGUUGGCAACAAGAUAACUCAUAUAGAAAAUAUUGGUAUGCUAACUAAUCUCACUAUGCUGGAAUUGGGUGACAAUAAAAUUAAAACUAUUGAGAAUCUGGAUACAUUGGUGAAUUUGCGUCAACUAUUUUUGGGUAAAAAUAAAAUAUCCAAAAUUGAAAAUCUCGAUAAAUUGGUGAAUUUGGAAAUUUUAAGUUUGCAGGCUAAUCGUAUAGUUAAAAUUGAAAAUCUGGAUAAGUUGACUAAUUUGACGGAGCUGUAUCUAUCCGAAAAUGGCAUAGAAAUGAUAGAAAAUUUGAGUAACAACAAACAAUUGGACACUUUGGAUUUGGCUAAAAAUCGUUUAAAAAGUAUAGACAAUAUAGAGGAACUGGGACAGUUGGAGGAGCUGUGGCUGAAUGACAAUAAUAUUGAAAAUUGGAAGACUAUUGAAAAUAUUAAGCAUAAUAAGUCUUUGAAAACUAUUUACUUGGAAUAUUGCCCCGUAUCCAAGGAUCCUAUGUAUCGCCGUAAAUUGAAAGAUAUAGCUCCUUGGUUGGAGAAAAUUGAUGCUACUCUUUGCCGAUAAAUGAAAAGUUUGUAAUAAAAAGUUUUUAUAAACUUUUUUUUAAUGGGUUCAUACUUUUUUUUUUUUAAUAAAACUCCACCUUAUUUAUGUUUAAAUAUAAUUUGUAAUUGUGCUAGAAGCACUUUUAGAUGUUAAAAACUUUAAUUUUGUGUAAAAUUAUAAUUAGAUUUUUAAUAAAGAAUACAAAAAGUUGUAAUAAAAUCGGUAUUUAUAAAUGUACUAUUUAUUGAAGUUGUUUUAUUCAAAAUAAUGUGAUAUUCGUUAUAUGUUUAGAUUUGAAAAGAUUUACAGAUAACGAUUUCCUCAACUAAUUGAAAACGUGUCAAUGUUGUCAUAAAUAUCUGCUUAAUU